GUUUCAAGUUUAUUUUAUCUCCAUCCAUAUCAACAACUCUCAAUUAUCAAAACUAAAAAGUUUUUUAUACAAAUAAUCGUCAUGGAUUUAAGCUCAACCAGAACCUCUUCUCAGUAUCAUUGUUGUGUAUUUCUUAACAACGUCAUUCUCAAUGGCAUAGAAAAUCGUCCGAUGAAUGCCUUCUUCAUUCAAAUUACCGUUAGGAAUAUGACCAGUCUUCAUUAUCUUUCCCAUCAAACCAACCAAUGGGUCCUUCACUGCAACCUAAAUGAAGACCCGCACUUUUCCAAAAACCUCAUACUUUCCAUGUCCAACUUUAACAACAUGCUUUGUGACUUCAGUACAAACAUCAAUGAGGUGGCUAUGGUGCUCACAGAAGCUGCCAUUCCAGCCUCGGAGCAUCCUCACAUCAUGGCAAAAGUCACCUCCACCGCCAUGUCAGUGGCCCGACAGUUUGGCAACCUUGAGGACAAAACUAUCCCACUCAUUGUUGAUAUCACCAAGUCACACUUCGAGAUCAUCAGUGACCCUUUUCAAUCCAACUUUGAAGAGUAUGUGAACAAUCAGUGGGCAGCGGCUGCAGACAGUGAUGGAUUUGAGGAGUUUGACGAUAACGAGGAAGAGGAAUAUGGGAUUAACGAUGAUGUGACAAGGUUAUCGAUUGAGGAAGAGGAGCACACUAAUUCUCCGGCAACUGAGGCAUCGAUCCCUGCAUUAGAGAAGGUGAAUUCUAGCGAAAAUGGAGAAUGUACAAUAUGCUUGGGAGGUAUGGCGGUGAACGAAGUGGUGACUCGCAUGCCCUGCAAUCACAAGUUUCAUUGAGGGUGCAUCGUGCAGUGGUUAGGGAGGAUACAUGUCUGCCCCUUGUGCCGUUUCGAAAUGCCAGUGGGUACCACCGUUGCCGCAAUGGAUGGUCGUUCUACCUUCUAGUUAGGGUCAUUCGAACGUGCAUUAUCCUUUAAUCGUGUGUUUGGUUGGUCUUUGGUUGUAUAAUUUAUGUCAUGGACAGUAAGUUGUCCAUUUUAAUUAUGUGUUUUUAUAAUAAUUUGGUUGUGUGGUUUGUUUUUGUUACAUGUGCAAUAUCUAUUAUAAACAGUAAGUUGUACAUUUUGAUUAUGUGUGUUUAAUAUUAAUAAUAUGAUUAUGUACCUUUGUUUUUAAUUAAUUGAUAUUUACAUUGUUUUGCAAUAAAAGUGUGAAUUUAUU